AUGCCUCGUCCUGCCCUUUCCAUAGACACCAGACGCAGACUCAGCGCCAGACGCCGAACGUCCACAUCCCCAUCUUCCUCUGGCUCUGACGAAGAUCGCCCCUUCAGACGCAGGUCCCGCAUCCGCUACCGUCCCAGCGCCAGAAUCAGGGCUCGACGCGGAGAGAACCGAACUCGCCGCCACAGCUGGUUUGAAACGUCUCGUGAGCGAUACAACCAUUGGCACCCCGAGCUUGAAGCCGAGCCCGAACGCGAAUUCGAUUCCGAUCCCGACCAUGCGCUGUCCUAUUGCGAUGAAUCUACGGCUUCCCCGGAAUCGGAACCGUCCUCGCCUGGGGAUCCGCAGGGCCCUUUGCUUAUCGAUGAUGGGGAGUAUGUGUCGAGCGGUCCGACGGCAAAUCGGUAUGUGUACGUACUGGACAUGAGGAGGCGGGCUGGAGACAACGAUGACGACGAGGAAUGUGACGGUUUGGACGGGGUCUCGAACGACGGGUAUGAUAGUGAGCUGGAUGGGGAUUUUGAGCCGGAUGAGGACGAAUCGCCGGAGGAAAGUCUGUGUUCGUUAGACUGCAACAGCCAGGACCAGGACCAGGACCAGGACCAUACGGAGGAGACCGAUUCGACGUCACCCACUCUUGAUGACCCAGCUAUUAGGCAAAGGGAAAUGGGAAGAGAGUUCCUGAACCGCGGUGCCGCUAGAGCGAGUGGUCUGAUUGAUAUGAGGGUUUCGAUUCAGGGUUCCGGCAAUGGCGCGGAAAUAUACCGUGGAUGCGGGUCGCAUAUGCGCAGAUGUCGGCCGUGCGAAACUGAUUUUCUUCAUGAUGGCAACGGUGACGAUGGGGCUCAGGUUGAUGCCGGAGACGAGCAGAAUCCCGAUAGGUUUUACUCCCCUGAAGCCUCGGCUCGCCCGUCCGGUUGUAUUGCGGCUGAGUCUCGGUCACGGCAAGACGACCUUGGAUAUGCAUUCGAUCUGCUGGGCGAGACGAUAACCGAAACAGGCGGAUACACGAUAGAGGAUGAGCUGGCGCAGACUGCUCUAUACGAAGACUGUCGGCUGAAUCGGACCGGUUUGAAGGACGAAACGACACCUGAUAACGACGGAUACACGGUCGGAGCGUCUGAGCUGUGCCAAUCUGUUAUCCUCGAAGACAUCAAGCAGAAUCGACUCAAGCGGGUCCCUUCCACUGACAGCAAGAAAGAAAGAGGGACAAGUCAAGUUUCUUGUGGAGAGAACGAACAAAGGCAGCUGGCACCCCCCUCAGCCCGAGAUUCCAGAAUUUGGUCGAACUUCAGGUGCACUGACACUGAAAUCUGCGAUGUCGACGACAGCGAUAGCGACACCGUGACUGAGACCUGUUCCACACCAAGUCCCUCUCCAGCAAGAGCGCGGUCUAGAGUGGAAGCCAGUGACCGGGAUGUCGGAAGAAAGUCGCAUCACGCUGGACACGAACCACGAGAAGAUGAAUCUUUGAGUCGGCAUCGGCGUCAAGGCCAUUCACUGAAACAAGGACCUGGACCUGGAUCUGAGCAAGAGCAUGGAACCGAGGAUAAUGACGCCGAAGAAAGAGCAAAGGACGGAGAGGGACGCAGCAGCGAAAACGGCAAGUCCGACAAUGACACCGACGACAACAUUGUCCCAAACCCUCCUCCAUCGUCGCCCUUCACCGAGUACUUCUCAGCAGAGUCAGAGGACGAAGAUGAAGAAGAGGGUGAGGAAAAGGGGAAAGGAGAAGACGAUGACGACGACGACGAAAAAGGAAACGUAGACGACCUGUCGCCAUUGGCCAUUCCGCCUGAGACCCCAGACUCUGAACCGAGAUGCAACUUCUCGUAUCCGAAUCCGUGCGCCGAGUGCAAAUCCGACGAGAAUCCAUACCUCCGCAAGGUCAUUUCACACGUCUUUGGUCGCAACAAGAAGGUCACCAGGCAGAUGCCGCGUUGGAUCUGGGUUUAUUACUGCCGAAAGCAUUACCAGCGGGCCAGGUACAGGUCGCGUCUGUGGGCAGAGGUGCAAUGUGACAGAGUACUUGACUUGCUUGACGCAAUCAAAAAGUGGGGCAUGGUCAGUGGGUUCACGGUGCAGUUGAGAAAUAGAGAGGUGGAGAGAUUGGCUGGGUUGGCUUCAUCUGCCGGUGGCUCUCGAAGUCGUGGUAGAGGGAGGGGAAGGGGAAGGGGAUGCGGAGGACAACGAGGAGCCAGGUCUGGAGAAAAGGGAAAAGGAAGAGCACGGGCUCGGGAUCAGACGCCUACAGACGCCAGCGACGAAGAUCCGAUCCAGCCGGGAAAGCAGCAAAAGCAGAAACGUCCCCCCGUUCCCGCGCCAGUGCCGACCUGGUUAAGAUCUUGGAUCCAGCGUCACCAAGGUCAUGAGGUCUCAAUCGAGGAAGUCAAGGAACUUAUCCAAAAGGUUAAGCGUGAUCUUGACACUGUACAGGAUGACGAGGAUGUCCGCUUCCCGGAUAUCGAGAUCUUGCCUGUGUAUAAGGAGGGUUGGCCGCCGGCUACUGAUGAUACCCAGGCCCCUCCUGGAAAUCGUGGCGGUUCUGUCCGCGGUAGAGCUAGGUCCGCCCCGGCUCGUGCUUCUAUUCCUGGUUCUGGUGGUAGACGACGCCGCGGUUCUGUUCGUACUGAAAGCACCAAUUCGAACGUUGACAGACCAUGCAAGAGACGCAAACUGAGCGAUGACGAAGAUGAAGGUCCGCGGAAACACUGA